UAUAAACAGUGCUAAAUGCAUUAACCUGAGAAUCUCCACACUACCUUCCAUUAUGAAUAGACAUGCGGCUCAGAAGGAAUGGAAGAAGAAAAGUAUUGCAAGGUAACGCAAAAGCAUUGCAAGAGAAUGCAAAAUGUAUUGUGAGGUAAUGCAAAAUAUUGCAAGGUAAUACAAAACAUAUUGUGAGGAAACAAAACAUAUUGCGAGGGAAUGCAAAAGUAGUCCUUAAAAAUAUUCUUGUCAUGACCUUUACAGGGCUUCGUAAGACAGGGCCUCAAGAUUAGGGAAAAAUGCAGUCACCUUGAGGCACUUUCCAUUACAGUUUAUAUUAAUUAGCCUAAUAAAACUAAUUGCUACACAGUGAACCUGGGGCCUUUGGGGACCCUGUGGAUCCUGGAUCCCUGGGGCAGGUGCCCUCUUUGCAUGUUGGUAAUCCAGCCUUGUUUGUACCUACAGUAUGCACCCUCUGUGAAGUGAAAAGUCCUCAGUCUGAGGUUUAGGCAUUAAAGGUGGGAUAUGCGAUUCUAAUAGGCUACAAUACACGUCUUUUUGUCAAAUUCAGCGAAUAUCUCCUCACGGUCCACUAGCUGUCCGUUCAGUGUGUGCACUGAAAUAAAAUCUGGUGUUUGUACACAGCCCUGGCUCUGUAAAUGGGAUAUAAAUAAAGUGGACCGAGCUACACAACGCUAUUCCAGCCAAGAUAUGUUGUUGUUGUGAUGUUAGCUAUAGUAGCAGGAGAGUUGUGAGUAUCACUGUCUGGAGCUGGUUUGCUGGCUCUGGGAAAUGUGUCAUCCUCUCUGGCUGUUAGUUUCGCAGCAGCAACUGUAGCGACAGUUAGCUAACCGACAACCUAACUAACGUUAGUUUCAUUACUUGCUGUGUCAUUGUUCGCUCUGUAUAUGGUAUUUGUCAUGGUAUUGGAUUUCUCUAGAAUCGCAUGCCCCACUUUUAACUCAACUUCAGAUUUGUAAUGUCAAAGCUUACUGGCCAGAGCCCAAUGCAAGCAACUCCACGUGAGUAGUAAUCCUCUCAUGUGCAGCCCUGCUGCCCUUGUUACGUACAGACUGCCUCCAGCUAACUGGGGACAGGGAAGCAGUGAAAAUGGGAAGUGACUCUGGCGUCAAUAUUUCCGAUGAUGUUGCACCGUAUGGGGAAAGAAGUUCCUUUACCCAACUGGAGCACAACAUAGUGGCUGGAUAUCUUAUUACUGCAGGUGUCAUUAGUUUAACGAGCAACAUUGUGGUGCUGCUAAUGUUUGUGAAGUUUAAGGAGCUCCGCACUGCCACCAACUUCAUUAUAAUCAACCUGGCCUUUACUGACAUCGGAGUGGCUGGUAUCGGCUAUCCCAUGUCAGCUGCCUCGGACAUCCAUGGCAGCUGGAAAUUUGGCUACACUGGUUGUCAGAUCUAUGCAGCUCUCAACAUCUUCUUUGGCAUGGCUAGUAUCGGCCUGCUGACAGUGGUGGCCAUCGACCGCUACCUCACCAUCUGCAGACCAGACAUAGGGCAGAAAAUGACAGUGCGAUCAUACAACCUUCUUAUUCUGGCAGCAUGGCUGAAUGCUGUGUUCUGGUCCUCCAUGCCUAUAGUGGGAUGGGCUGGUUAUGCCCCUGACCCCACUGGAGCUACAUGCACCAUCAACUGGAGACAGAAUGAUGCCUCCUUCAUCUCUUACACUAUGGCAGUGAUUGCUGUGAACUUUGUGGUGCCCCUGUCCGUCAUGUUUUACUGUUACUACAACGUGUCAGUCACUGUGAAGAGAUACAAAGCCAGCAACUGCCUGGACAGCAUCAACAUCGACUGGUCAGAUCAGAUGGAUGUCACCAAGAUGUCCAUAGUGAUGGUUGUCAUGUUCCUGGUGGCCUGGUCCCCAUACUCCAUGGUGUGUCUCUGGGCAUCGUUUGGUGACCCCAAGACUAUCCCUGCUCCCAUGGCUAUCAUCGCACCGCUCUUUGCCAAGUCCUCCACCUUUUACAACCCCUGCAUUUAUGUUAUUGCCAACAAAAAGUUCAGAAGAGCCAUCAUCGGGAUGAUCCGAUGUCAAACCAGACAGCGAAUCACCAUCAAUAACCAGGUUCCCAUGACAACCUCCCAACAACCUCUAACUCAGUGAGGUGAAAUUGCAUCAGUAUCACAUUGCAUUAAUACACCCCGGCAUUAAAACCAUGUAUAAAAGAUUGCUAGGAUGAAAUAACGUGAAUCACUGUCAGUUUUUUUUCUUUCUAUUGUAGUUACUUUUCUGUUGAAUAACCUAAUACACUGUGGUGUUUACUGUGUAAAUUCCACUUGCUGUGCCAUUGGAAUCAUUGUUUGUCUUCCAGUUAAUUCAGUAACAAACUGACAAUGAAAAUCUUUCUGUGUAUGGACUGCAUUCUUCAACUCAAUACUGUUUUUGUUUGGUCUCAUUAUCAUAAUGGUUUGUUAUUGUAGAGAUACAUUCAGAAAAACAACCCAUUCAUUUUCCCUCCAUCUACCUUUUAAGAAAAGAUUUUUUUGGCAGCAUACCUAUUAUUAUAAUGUGAACACAGCUUUAGAGCCUAUUCUUACAGUCUUACUAGUAGUGUGUCUAAAAAUGUAAACUUGGAAACUGAAGUGAAGGUGGCACUGGGGUCAUCAAAUCAAAAUGAUUCAUCUACCUUACCUGGGAGUAUGAAAGUGCUUAGUUUAUUCCAAGGCAAAUUUACAUUAUGUGAUAUAUUGGGUGCAACAUUAUAAUUUUGGGGGGGGGGGUUAACUGAGGGUGGCACAAAAGGAAAGGUUGUGUCCAGAAUUGAAAGUCAUUCUGUGGGGAGGAAUCAGUAAAUUCCAUAGUAAAUUUGAUUUUGCUCAUUUGUUUUGAUCCACCUGGAAGUGGAAUCAAAAGUAAAAGCGGUAGUUUGGGUAGUUUAAUCUAUAACAAUGACUCAUAUUUUGUAAACUGAUCAUAUGUUUUGUAUGUAAAAAUGUUAUCUGCAAAGUCAUUGUCAGAUAAUUACAGUGAUAGUGGUACAAUGUUUUCGUAUGGAAUCUAGUGAAGUAAAGUAGCACAAACUGGAAGUACUCAAAUGAAGUAAAAGUACCUCCAAAGUGUA